CUCCUCCCUCAUCACCCUCCCCGACCCUUUCCAGAACCACCUUCCUCACAGUGCCGCCCUCACUCACUCUGUCACUCACCCCCGCUCCUGCCUUUAUAGCUCGCUUGCACUCCACCACCUCACGGUCACAGCUCACAACACACCCACCGCCGCCGCUGCCUCAACGUCCCCUUCCCGGAGCAGCAGCCAGCCAGAGAGCAAGCGAGAGAGAGAGAGAGAGAGAGGGCAAUGGAGGGGAAGGAGGAGGACGUGCGGCUGGGCGCCAACAGGUACUCGGAGCGGCAGCCCAUCGGGACGGCGGCGCAGGGCGGCGGCGACGACAAGGACUACAAGGAGCCGCCCCCGGCUCCCCUAUUCGAGCCCGGGGAGCUCAAGUCCUGGUCCUUCUACCGCGCGGGCAUCGCCGAGUUCAUCGCCACCUUCCUCUUCCUCUACGUCACCGUGCUCACCGUCAUGGGCGUCUCCAAGUCCCCCUCCAAGUGCGCCACCGUCGGCAUCCAGGGCAUCGCCUGGUCCUUCGGCGGCAUGAUCUUCGCGCUCGUCUACUGCACCGCCGGCAUCUCAGGAGGACACAUCAACCCAGCGGUGACUUUUGGGCUGUUCUUAGCCAGGAAGCUGUCCCUGACCAGGGCCAUCUUCUACAUAAUUAUGCAAUGCCUAGGGGCCAUCUGUGGAGCUGGAGUGGUGAAGGGCUUCCAGCAGGGUCUGUACAUGGGCAACGGUGGCGGCGCCAAUGUAGUCGCCAGUGGCUACACCAAGGGCGAUGGCCUUGGCGCUGAGAUCAUUGGCACCUUCGUCUUGGUCUACACCGUUUUCUCUGCUACUGAUGCCAAGAGGAAUGCCAGAGACUCCCAUGUUCCUAUCCUGGCCCCUCUGCCGAUUGGGUUCGCGGUGUUCCUGGUCCACCUGGCCACCAUCCCCAUCACUGGCACCGGCAUCAACCCAGCGAGGAGCCUUGGCGCUGCCAUCAUCUACAACAGGGACCAUGCCUGGAAUGACCAUUGGAUCUUCUGGGUGGGCCCCUUCGUGGGCGCUGCCCUGGCGGCCGUGUACCACCAGGUGAUCAUCAGAGCAAUUCCCUUCAACAAGAGCAGGUCCUAAGCCGCCUCGCCUCCGCUACCAAAAGCCGAUCCGAAAUAACGAGCUUCUUUGUGAUGUCUUGUUUCGAGCGCCUAGUAUCGCAUCCGCCGUCGAUUCUCCUCAAGAUGUUCUCUCCUGACUGAAUCCAGACUUGUGUGUGUUAAGACUCCGGUGUGACAGUUGUGUGUGUUCUCAUUGUGGAAGAUUUAAUAAGUUAUAAUUUGUUGCUGUAGUUUCCCUAUA